AUGGAUGAAGUAAGGGGUUUUAAAGUUAUUGUUCGGGCUAAUCCAGCUGGGAUUAUGUAUAAGUUUGAAAGUAAGAAAGUUUUAUUUAGAUAUAGUGAAGAUUUAAAUUUUACUUUGGAUGCUGACCAGUUAGAAAAAGCUAGUCGGAAUUUUUUAGUGAAAGCAGGAGCAGGAGUAAUAAAGUUUUUUACAGCUGGAUUAGUAGAUGGAGAAGAAGCCUUAAAACAAGAAGCAGGCUUAGGAGAUGCCACCAAGAAUUAUUUACACGGCUCAGAUGACGAUGAUAAAAGCAAAGAUGAACGACAGAGUGAAAGAAAAAAGACUUUGGCUUCGGCUGGGAGUUCAGCCAUGUCGGCUGUGAUUGGUUCUAUCCCCUCUCUUUUAGAUGCCUCCCAUACUCACGGGAAUUAUUCCUUAGCUGAAUUAGCCUUACGAUUUGAAA